AUGAAAGCUUGCCGGGUGCUUUUACCUCCCUGGAGGUGCCCCGGAGCUGCUGUUGGCGCCGUCGCGCAGGCGGCCACGCCCGGAAGGCUCCACGUCCGUGGUGCGGUGCCAGGCGCAUCUGGCAGUAGUAAGAAGCUGCUGGGCUGCGUGUGCGGUGGCGUGAAACGCGCAUGCUUUGGGUUGCAGGGCGACAAGCGGCCCUCCUGCUGCGCCAAGUGCAAGUUGGAGGGCAUGGUUGACAUCAGAAGUCGGAGAUGCAACUGUGGCAGAGUAGUUCCCAUUUUUGGGAUGCCAGAAGAUGCGCGGGCCUCCUGCUGCGCCAAGUGCAAGUUGGAGGCCAUGGUUGACAUCAAACAUCCGAGAUGCAACUGUGGCAGAGCACAGCCCUAUUUCGGUAUGCCAAAGGAUGCGCGUCCCUCCUGCUGUGCCAAGUGCAAGUUGGAGGGCAUGGUGAACAUACGAGAUCCUAGAUGCAAUUGUGGCAGAGCACGGCCUUCUUUCGGGAUGCCAGAGGAUGCGCGGGCCUCCUGCUGCGCCAAGUGCAAGUUGGAGGGCAUGGUCGACAUCAUAACUCGCAAAUGCAACUGUGGCAGAGCAGUUCCUUGUUUUGGGAUGCCAUCAGAUGUGCGGGCCUCCUGCUGUGCCGAGUGCAAGUUGGAGGGCAUGGUUGACAUCAAACAUCCGAGAUGCAACUGUGGCAGAGCACAGCCCUAUUUCGGUAUGCCAAAGGAUGCGCGUCCCUCCUGCUGUGCCAAGUGCAAGUUGGAGGGCAUGGUGAACAUACGAGAUCCUAGAUGCAAUUGUGGCAGAGCACGGCCUUCUUUCGGGAUGCCAGAGGAUGCGCGGGCCUCCUGCUGCGCCAAGUGCAAGUUGGAGGGCAUGGUCGACAUCAUAACUCGCAAAUGCAACUGUGGCAGAGCAGUUCCUUGUUUUGGGAUGCCAUCAGAUGUGCGGGCCUCCUGCUGUGCCGAGUGCAAGCUGGAGGGCAUGGUUGACAUCAAAAAUCCAAAGUGCUCUGUUUGCGGAAAGAAGGCGUGUUAUCCAGAUGCUGCUGGCAAACCGCGGCAGCUUUGCGCAGGGCACUCUGCCGAAGUCGGUGCACAUGUGCUAUCCUCUCCGUGCUGGUCACGUGCUGCAAGUGAGUGUUUGGAUCUCUUGGAGGAGGAGCAAGGCUUCAAAUUCACGUUUCGUCACAGGUUUGACGAAGCAGCCGGCGCAUGGUCUGGGGAGGAGUUUGCCGGACUGGUCCCAGAUAGAGCGCUGCGGCCUGACGCGUAUGAUCCGCCGCGGCGGGAGGUUGUGGAAUUUCUGGGGAACUACUACCACGGCUUCCCUCCGCAGCAUCCAGAGCAUCUCAGCUUCACUUGCGUGGGCGGCAAGACGUCCCCGGAGCUCCAUCGCGAGACCUUCGAGCGCCUGGACCUCUUCCUGGAGCAAGGUUUGUGCGUCUUCUACGUCUGGGAGCACGAGUUCACAGAGUGGCGGAAGCUGGCAGCCACCGGCGAGGCGCCGCCCAUCUCUCGGAUCCUGCGCCGACACACCCAGCGCAGCUCAAAAGCGAGAAGAACUACCAAGAAAGAAGGGAAGAAGGCAGCUGCAGGGCCGAAGCUGCGCGAUGUAAGCUGA